AUGCACUUUCUUAAAACUAGCGGCAGUCGAGCGCCCGAGAGCAGAGGCAAGUCGAUACAAUUCUCAGCCUCACAGCUCCGUCUAGUAAAUGCUGAACCGUGCAUAUUCUCCAUAGAUUGGCGAUAUAUCAUUACUCCAAAACCCAGUCUAUGGAGUAUACCUGAAGGACCUUACUGGACCGCAAACACUAGCUAUCCUACUCGAACUCGUAACCAUAAACCUAAACAUGCACUUGAUACAUUCUCCUUAGACAAUGCACUGUAUAAUGGACCGAGCAUGCGCAAGCGACGCCACUUGGCACUACAACUGUUGUUAAUCACAUGCGGGUAA